GUUAAUUCCGCAUUGCCAAAAGCGGUUUGUUUUUUUUAUAUGUUUAAGUUAAAUGUAGUAGUUUUUAUGCCGGGUUUGAAUAGUAAAAUUGUUUUAUAAAACACUUUUGCAGCAUUUGGUGGAAACAAACUGGACUUUUUAAAAGCGGCCUGUGUAACAGUGGUAACGCUAGCUUGUUUGUUAGCUUAGCUAGCUUUACCGACGUUGACUGGAUACUUCGGGAAUCAAAUGUUAUCACGUCUGUAUGGAUCCACUAUAGCAACUGCGCCAAGAUGAGUGAUUUAUAAAUCCAAAAAGGACUGAACUUUAUUGGUGAUGUUUAAAUGCUUUGGCUGAAUAACUUUACUAUUAGGUGGAGUAGACGUUAAGUUUGGCUGAAAUGGAGACCCACGUUUCAAGCCUCUUUCCAGAAAUCUUGGCCAUGAUUUUCAGUUAUCUGGAUGUUAAAGGUAAAGGCCGAGUUGCGCAGGUUUGCGUGGCCUGGAGAGAUGCAUCUUACCACAAAUCAGUGUGGAGAGGCGUGGAAGCCAAACUACAUCUCAGAAGAGCAAACCCGUCCUUGUUUCCCAGUCUACAGAGCCGAGGAAUCAAAAAAGUCCAGAUCCUGAGUCUCAGGCGCAGUCUAAGUUAUGUUAUUCAGGGCAUGCCAAACAUCGAGAGCCUCAACCUGAGUGGAUGCUACAAUUUAACAGACAAUGGACUUGGUCAUGCUUUUGUGCAGGACAUUCCUUGCUUGAAGAUCCUUAACCUCAGCCUCUGUAAGCAGAUAACAGAUUCCAGCCUUGGACGAAUUGCCCAGUAUCUGAAGAACCUGGAGUUCCUGGAGCUUGGUGGAUGCAGCAACAUCACCAACACCGGUUUGCUCCUAAUUGCAUGGGGCUUGCACAGACUCAAAAGUCUGAAUCUGCGCAGCUGCCGACACGUCUCUGAUGUGGGCAUCGGGCAUCUGGCAGGGAUGACUCGCAGUGCUGCUGAGGGCUGCCUCGGCUUGGAGAAUCUCACCUUACAGGACUGUCAAAAACUUACAGAUUUGUCCUUAAAGCACAUCUCCAAGGGGCUAAGCAAGCUGAAAGUUCUGAAUCUGAGCUUCUGUGGAGGAAUCUCGGAUGCUGGCAUGAUUCAUCUGUCCAACAUGACUCAACUUUGGACAUUGAACUUGCGCUCCUGCGAUAACAUCAGCGAUACAGGCAUCAUGCAUCUGUCCAUGGGGUCACUUCGACUGUUCGGAUUAGAUGUCUCGUUCUGCGACAAAGUGGGAGACCAGAGCUUGGCCUACAUCGCCCAGGGACUCUACCAGCUAAAGUCACUCUCACUCUGCUCCUGCCACAUCAGCGACGAUGGCAUCAACAGGAUGGUGCGGCAGAUGCACAAGUUGAAGACGCUUAACAUCGGGCAGUGUGUGCGCAUCACGGACAAGGGCUUAGAGCUCAUUGCUGAUCAUCUGACCCAGCUGACCGGAAUCGACCUGUAUGGCUGCACCAAAAUCACCAAAAGGGGACUGGAGCGGAUAACACAGCUUCCGUGCCUUAAAGUGUUGAACUUGGGGCUUUGGGAAAUGACUGAGGGGGAACGAGUUAGGUGAUGCCUGAUCAAGCAUCAUCACUUUUGACUUUUUGCUACCUCACAUGAUUUUGUCACCAUGUCUUUAUUGUAAAAUAUGAAGAAAUGUUUAGUAGUUGAGUGUUACGCAAUAAGAUCGCUGAACACCCUUCAGUUAAAUUGUUUAAUAGCAUAUAUUUUGAAAUGCUCUUUUAAUAGUAAGUUGAUAGUCUUAAUUGUUUUAGGGCGUUUUAAGGAGCAGUUCAGAAAUAGCUUACCUUUAUUAUACAGACAAAACAUUUUGUCAAUGCCUUAAAGUAUUAGCCUCAUCCUGAGAGCGUUAUUAAUGCUCUUAUGAUUAUGGAUCAGUGUUUAAAGUAAACAGUUUUAUCAUGUUUUUUUUUUUAAAAACAAGACGUUUAUCAUUCCUUCUUAUUAAGCUGAACUUAUGCAAUUUAAAGCUUUGUAGAAAAAAAAGAAUAUACAGUCAAUUUAUUGG